UUGAUUGGUCUGCUGCGGGAAAUGAGUAGCGAUGGACCCUUGUUUCUUCAGCCACGGGACGCCGAGAGGAGGUGAAGGUGGCGGCAGCUCUGAGCCACUCCCUGAGCCACUGCCAGUUUUUCUUCGACUCUCGCUGGGUGAUGGUUGGCGGCGGGGAGUGGCGACAGUUCCUUCUUGGCACUGCAUCGGCGCAAUAUGACAGUCUCUGCAGUGUUUUAGAGAUGGAAAGCUGAACCUGAGCAGCUGAGACCAGGAAACAUCACACGGGAAUCACCGUGAUGCCUUCAAUCAGUCUUAUAAACUUCCCCAUCAUUCUACAGUGGAUAUAACAAGUGUUCGAUUUGUUGUUACAGUGUCCUUAAGUAACUCUUGCCUUUCUAAAGUGACUGCGAUAUUUCUUACGUGUAAUCUGCCCAUACGCGACUGUCUGUGUGUUGCAAGGGAUCAAAGAUGACAGCAGGGACUCCAACCCCCUCUUGAAACACUUGCAACAAGAGCACCAUUAACGCAUCGAUCUAACUUUCAGGUAACGCCAUGUCGCUUGAUUCUCUUAAUUUGCUUCGGGAUGGGUUGGUAGGGGCCGCCACCGCCGCUGUCCUGCCCCUCCUCAGACUCAUCCUGGUGGUGGUGUUCCCCUAUGAAACCAAUUACCAGUAUGAGCUCAACGGUGACCUUCUUUCCCAGUACGAUUUUGUUAUUGUUGGAGGAGGCGGCGCUGGAUGCGUGGUGGCGUCGCGUCUCACGGAGGUGGCGGAGUGGCGUGUUCUCUUGCUGGAGGUUGGAGGAGUCCCGCCCCUGGAGACCAAAGUACCAGGGUUCCUUCCGAUUUCUUUCGUACCGGGCUACAACGAGGACUGGGGCUACAGGACUACACCACAGAAGUACAGCUCGCAAAACUUCGCUAAUAAAGCAGCGAGGCAGCACCAGGGUCGGGUACUGGGGGGCGGCUCCACUGUGAACGCUAUGUACCACGUCCGGGGCAACAGGCGGGAUUAUGACUACUGGGCCGCCCUAGGGAACCCCGGCUGGGACUAUAACUCCGUGCUGCCUUAUUUUAUCAAGUCCGAGGAUUAUCGAGGGGGACUUCGGGGAGACGGCUGCCUACCACGGGCGGGGAGGUCCCAUCGGCGUCACCCCCGCGCCCCUCACACCCCUCACGAAGGCGUACAUUCAGGGGGGCAUGGAGUUGGGUUACAGUUACGUGGAUUACAACGGUCCUGAGCAGAUUGGCUUCUCCCAGGCCACCUUCAACAUCCGGGACGGCGUGAGGUCCUCGGUGGUGGAGGAGUACCUUAAGCCCGCCUCCUCCCGCCCCAACCUGCACAUCCUUCACGGCGCCAACGUCCUGCAGAUUGUCUUCGAGGAUAAGAGAGCCACAGGGGUCAAAUUCCUGUACAAGGGCAAGGUGAUCGAGGUCGGGGCGCGUCGGGAGGUGAUUCUGUCAGCAGGUUCAAUCGCCUCCCCGAAGCUCCUUAUGUUAUCUGGCGUGGGGCCUCGAUACCACCUCCAGCACCACCAGAUCCCCGUGGUGUUGGACCUGCCUGGCGUGGGGCAAAACGUGCAUGACCAUGUGGAGGUGUUGGGCCUCAGCUGGACCACCGAUGAACGCGUCUCCUUCAGCAGCCUCUUUGACACCUUCGGCCCCUCCUCCAUCCUGCAGUACAAGCUCUCCAGGAAGGGACUUCUCGGCACGGCGCCUCUGAACUUCCUCAACGCGUGGGUCAAGGUCAGGCCGGAGGGUGACCCAAUGUGGCCUGAUAUACAAGUGUUCUUCAACUCAGCCACCUUCGCCUAUGACAAGGGCACGCUGAACCCUGCCUUGUGGGGCCUGGAUAUGAGGAAAUAUUACGAAUACGCGGCUGAGAUUUACGGGCGGGAAGGGUUUACGAUCCGACCAAUAAUCCUACGCCCCAAGAGCCGAGGCACCAUCACGUUACGCUCCAAGAAUCCCGAUGAUUACCCCUUUAUCGACCCUCAGCUUCUCUCGCAUCCUGAAGACGUGAAGACAUUGGUUGAAGGUGUGAAGUUCGCUCUCCGACUUGGCAACACUUCAGUCUUCGCUAACACUUUCAAGGCCAAAUUUUUCGACAAGCCGCUGCCAGACUGCGCGGGAGAGUGGUAUGGGAGUGACGCUUACUGGGAAUGUUUUGUUCGCCACAUGACCACCACAUUCUACCACAUCACCGGGAGUUGCAAGAUGGCGCCGCCCUCAGAUCCCUUCGGCGUGGUGGAUCACAAGCUAAGGGUGCGUGGCGUGGCGGGCCUGCGUGUGAUAGACUUCUCCGUGCUGCCUGCCGUCGUCUCCGGCAACUCCCACGCCCCCACCGUCAUGAUCGCCGAGAAGGGCAGCGACCUCAUCAAGGAGGACUGGAGCAGGUGACCCUCGCCUCGCCUUCACUUGGCCGCCAAAGACUCCCGUGCCCCGUGAAGUGAGGCGUGUGCAGGACUCCCCUUCAGUUUGAGGGACGUAGUUUUAUCCUUCGCUUGCUUAUUUAUUUAUACGAAGUUUCCGUGGCUGUGAGGACCGAGGAGGACUGAGGGCCUGGUCAUUUCAAGAGACGGUGCCGCAGCAUCGGCAGGGCAAUGACCUUUGACCGAAUAAAAGAAGCACAUUU